UCGAAGAUUGAAUCGGUCAACUUAGUUCCAAUUUGACUCGAUCUUAUCUUAAAUUUCUUGAUUUACAUUCCCUCUAAUGACUUAAUCCGUCUAGUCUUUGUCAAAUUGAAUGGAGUCUACUUUUAAUUUUGGUUGUUUUACCUCCUUAACUUUUAAUGUGUGUUCAGUCAUGUAUAGCAGGUAUUGCUAGGUGGAUCUGAUCUUUCACUCUGUUAAAGGUUGUUUUCCACUUGAAGGUUUCAAUAAGAUAAGGAUGACGAUAAUGUACCCCGACAGGACUAACGACAAACUCCUCAGGUGUGCUAGUCUUUACAAGUAAGGAAUUUAACUUCAAUUGCAGUGACCAACACAAACAACAACCGAUGAAACAAAAGGAGAUGCACACCACGUAUUUGAUAUAAGUCUAGUAAGUUGUAUAUAAAUAGGGGAUGGUCUAAUUUCAAUUGGCUGUUCAUCUCUUUUAUGUUCCUCGUUCUCAAUGUCAACUAGAAAAUCCAUAGGGGAGGUAUCUGAGAUCAUAGAGAAAAUCAAAAACGCUAACCUAGAUGAAGAUGAUCAAACUAGAAGAGUUUCCUAUCAAAUUACAGCCAACUAUGCACAAGUGGUCUGUUAGCCUUAUUGCAUUGUGAAUUUCCUAUGGGAACUGACAAAGGAACUUACAAUGGCUUCGGGUCAUGGUCAUUUUCAAAUUAGACGACGGGCCACCAAUUUGUUCAUCUUCCGGUUUUAUGAUUGGGAUAGUUACAAUACAGUGUUGGAGGAAGGACCUUGGAGUGUUGAUGGUUACCUAGCUGUUUUUAGAGAAUGGAAUACAUCCAUCAAUCCAGAUAAUCUUGAUUUUCUUACUCAGCAAUUUUGGAUUGACAUCAAAAAGUUGCCGCCAGAGUUUCUUAAUGCUAAGGUUGAGAAUCAAGUUGCAAGUAUACUGGGUAAUCCACUCAAGCUUAUUCCGGAGGAUGGCAAUCCAACUGAUACCAAUGCUGGAGAGAAGAUUCUUAUUUCUUCUAAGAAGUCAAGGGAUAAAAAAAGGUUGGAAAAGAAGCCAUUUCAAAUCCCAGAGGAUGGUUUUCAUGUUUCCACCAUCUAUAGUGUCUCUGAACAAGGUGCGGAAUCUUCGACAGCUAGAAGACCCAAAAGAAAUAGAGAAGGCUCAGCUACCAGUAGUUAUGCUAGUACUCCGGUACAUGUACCUAUUCAACAGAAUCCAGUUCCAGCCCAAAUAUCAAGUACAUAUCAUCAGGAAUGUAUGCAAUCACCCUGCUUUGGGGGUGAACAUAGAAUGUAUCCAAGUUUUUUUCGGCCAAUCCCUUAGCAAGGAGAGUGGGACAACCUUCUGGGACAGUAUUAUGGGAACUUCUCAACAGAGCAGGAAGAUCAGGUUUUCACUCUCACCUCUUAUUCCAUAUUAAACUUUCAUCCCUUUCAUUUUAUUUCUUGUUUCUAUAGUCUUCGAUUUUCCUACUGCUUCUUUAAAAUGUGUAUCCUUGCGUGGAAUGUCCAAGGUUUAGGCAAUAAGCAUACUAGAAUUCACUUGAAAGAUUACAUUCACUACCAUAGUCCUGACAUAAUCUUUCUUUCGGAAACUAAACAACAAAAUAAAAAUGCUCAUUUCUUAUUGCAAGCUAUGCAUUACCCAAAUGUUUGGUGUCAUAAUACCAAAUAUAGGGAUGGAGGUCUAGCAGUGUUAUGGAAGGAUGGAUUUAAAAUAGAACUCAUGCAUUAUACAGAUCAUAUGGUCAACUUCAUUCUUCAUACUGGUCCUAAGAAUCAACAAUGGGUACUUACCUGUUUGUAUAGCUCUUGUUAUCAUGAGGAGAGAAUUAAUCAAUGGCAAAUAAUUGAUGAUAUGGGCAAGCAAAUGGAUUUACCGUGGAUUAUAAUAGGGGAUUUAAAUGUUACCUUAUCAUAUUCUGAUAGGAAAUCUUUCUCAACUCAUAAGUACUCAGCUCCAACUAUAAUUCAGAAUAUCAUCUCUAACUGUGGUCUUCAAGAGGUUCCCUUUACCUGUCAUCCAUUUACAUGGUCAAAUCAUUGGAAAACUACUCAGUAGGCUCAGGCCUGAUUAGAUAGAGCUUUAACUUCUAAUCUUUGGAUGUCACUUUUCCCAAAUGUCAUUCUUAAUCAUCUUAUCCCAGUAGGGUCCGACUAUGCUCCCAUUUUAUUAUCAACUAACCCUCAUUAUGCUAAACUUUAUAAGCCUUUUCGUUUGUAUGAAACUUGGACCAAGCAUGUGACGUUUAAGUCAAUGAUUCAGCAAGAAUGGGCACCCAGAUCUCACAUUUGAUCAGAAGCUUACUCAGGUUCGAAAAGGCAUACAAAGAUGGAAGAAUGUACAUUUUGGUGAUAUCGAUGCUCGAAUUCUAGAAACUCAGCACCAAAUCAGAUUGGCUCAAAGUUCAACAGACACCACUUCAGACAAAUUAACAGAGUUACAUCAAACACUUAAACAUGGUACCAGGUUAAAAAUGAUAUCAGUUAUCAACAAUCCAGAGAUAAAGUUUUUCACAAUCAAGACAGAAAUCCAAAAAAAUUUCAUGCCAGGGCCAAUUACAAACGGAGAAGAAACCAAAUUGAUUCCAUUAGAGAUGAACAUGGUAACUGGUAUAUAACAAGAGCUGAAAUUCAAGAUCUGCUACUUCAGCAUUUUAGUACAAUUGCCACUUCAUGUCAUCCACCAAAAGAGUCAGGCAUUUAUAAAUUACUUGCGCCGUGUAUUUCUCAAUAAGACAAUGAGGAGCUUACCAAAAUACCAACAAGGGAGGAAAUUCGUCAAGUUGUUUUCCAGGUCAGAGCUUGGGAUGCCCCGGGACCAGACGGAUUUCAGGCAGGAUUUUACCAAGUUUGUUGGGAUGAAGUGGCAGAUGAUCUGGUAGCCAUGGUGCAACAAUUUUUUAACUCAGGCAAGCUUCUGAAGCAACUCAACUACACAGAUUUUCAAAGAAGCUAUGUGUAGAAACGCCAUCAGAUUUUCGACCUAUCAGUUUGUGUAAUAUUGCAUACAAGGUUAUUUCUAAAACUCUGGCUAAUCAGCUGAAGAAUUACUUGAUAAGAUUGUUUCUCCCUAGCAAGCAGCAUUUGUUCCUGACAGGAAUAUCCUUGAUAACAUCAUCAUCGCUCAUGAAGUAGUUGCUUAUAUGAAAAGAACUAAAAGAUUAUAUGGUGCAGUGUCUAUUAAAUUAGACAUGGCGAAGGCCUUUGAUCGUAUGGAAUGGGGGUUUGUUAUCAAAGUGAUGCAAAGCUUGGGUUUUAAUGAAAAAUGGUGCCAUCUCGUACAUCAAUGUAUUAGCACAACUUCAAUUUCUAUCAUUAUUAAUGGAUCUCCCACACCGUAUUUUGAACCAACACGAGGUCUUCGACAAGGUGAUGCUUUAUCGCCAUAUAUUUUCAUUAUGUGUAUGGAGGCUUUUAGCAGAAUGUUGCAGGCUGCUGAAGUUUCGGGAGCAAUAAUACCACUUAAACCAGCUCUUAAAGGUCCUAGUGUUUCUCAUCUGUUUUUUGCCGACGACUGCCUCUUAUUCUCCUCAGCAUCGGGAAAUUCAGUUAACAAUUUGCUUCAAAUUAUUCACCAGUUCUGAUCUGUGUCGGGGAAAAUGGUUAAUUUAAGCAAAUCAAGCAUACAUUUCAGUCAUCAUAUGAGUGAGUUAGAUAAAGAAGAUAUUGAAGCUCUAGUCAAGAUGAGAAGGAUGCCACUGAAGGAAACACACUUGGUAUUCAUUUAUUUGUUGGGCGUAAUAAAAAUGCUUGCUUUGAAGAAACAUUGGAUAAAAUGGGAUUUCUUCUCCAAUAAUGGCAGGGUAAGUUGGUCAACCAUGCAGGGAGAAGCACUUAAAUCCAAGCGGUGGUAGGCUGUAUAUCCCAGUAUCAAAUGAGAUGUAUGUAUGUGCCAGAUACAUCCAUCAAGAAAAUGGAGGCUUUACAGCGCAAUUACUGGUGGAAUUAACAGAUUAACAGAGGUGGAUACUUCAUUGGAUGGAGGGACUUAAAUCAUCCAAAACGUUGGGGUGGUCUAGGUUUUAAAAACUUAAGAUGUUUCAAUGAAGCAUUGCUUACAAAAUUAGCACGGAGAAUGAUACAGGAAAAGGAGGCUAAAUGGGUUCAACUAUUAGAGGCAAGAUAUUUCAGGAAUUCUGAUCCUUUGUAAUAACGAAACAUGGCACUUGGAUAUGGAAUGGAAUUCAACGAGGGUUGCAGUGGCUUAAAAUAUUUCAUAUCUGGGAGAUAGGCGAUGGUUCAAAAAUUCCUUUACAGGGUCAAUGGUUUGGAUCAGUUAAUCAACGGAAUUAUCAACAUCAAGUACUUAAUGUUCCUAAUGCUCAUGCAACUGUAGAUGGUUAUAUUGAUCAUACAAACCGCACAUGGAGAUUGGAUAAGUUACAACAAGUUUUUUCUGAUGAGCAACUUCAGCAAAUUGCAACCAUCAGUAUCCCUCAACAGCCAGCCACUGACAAACUUCGUUGGUCGCUUACGAGAAAUGGCCAGUUUAUAGUUAACUCAGCUUAUUUGGCAAUUUUGGGUCAGCAGAUUAAACAAGUGGUUCCAAAACAACAACAGCAGAUGUGGUUACUGAUUUGGCACUUAGGGGUACCGUAUAAGUGUCAGAUGUUCUAUGGAAGUUGGUGAAAGACAUAUUACCUGUUGCAGCAAGAUUUCAAAAGAUGGCUGCUCCUGCAAAUCUUAAUUGUGUAAUGUGUAUGUCUCAUGUUGAAACAUCAACACAUCUACUUCUCCAGUGCCCUUCCGCUGAAGCUAUUUGGUCAGGUGUUUCCCAAGAAAAUUUUCACAAUGCUACUGCAUAUGGAGACAUAAAAAGCUAAAAUACAAGCAUGGAUUGAUCCUAUCUCUUUGGUCUCCAAAGAAAGAAGUGAUCUUAUGAAUCUGGCUGUGAUAACCUUAUGGUUCAUCUGGAAAAGCAGAUGCAUACAGUUUUUUGAGAGCAAACGUCAGCCUCCAGGGGUUCUCAGUCAACAGAUUUUCUCCUUCUGCUAUGCUCAUAACAUUUGCAUUCAUCCUAAGUCUAGUAACUUGCACAAUAAUAGAGCUAAAUUAGGCAAUGUUAUUAAUACUUAUUGGAGGCCACCUCAAUAUCCAUGGUUGAAAGUCAAUUUUGAUGUAUCCAUACUUCCAUGUACUAACUUUGCUGG